UCCUCUCGCCGGGCGCCAGGCGGGACCGCGAGGUCGGCGGCUGACGGGAAGCGCUGGGCGGGCAGCGAGCCCCGGCGGCUCUAGAGGGCCGGGCCGAGGCGGACCCCGUGCCGCCGCCCCGCAAGGUCACGGUGCGGAGCUCCGGCCGUCCGGGAGGCCGAGGCCGCGGCGGGGAGGCCGCUGCCCCUGAAGGGAGGCGGAAGGUGGACGCGGCCCGCCACGGCGACGGCGGGGAGGAGGGGCGGCCGGCCCGCCUGGCCCGGUUCGGUCCCUGAGCCGGUUCCGCGGCGUGUCACCUGGGGUGUGGCCUUCUCCUCGGCCGGCUCAGUUUCCUCGGUCUCCGGUGGGGAUUAGACCCACUCCUCGGCGCUGCCGGUGGGUCGGAGUUGCUGGAGAAGGCUUCCCGGAGGGGAUCUUGGCCUAUUUAAUUUUCUGAUUGUGUGGGCACAUUUCCAAAUUGAGACUCAGGUUCAUUCCCUCCCAUGCUAGUGAAAGUGAUACAGACGAUAGAAAUCUUUAAACACCAUGUUCUAUUGGAAGAGUCUACAGCUUACUGAAGAUUACAAGCUAGAAUCUACACCAUGCAGAGUAGAGCGAGAAGAAAGGUGGCAGUAAUGCUAACGCUGGCAAGCAAGUUGAAGCGGGAUGAUGGUCUCAGAGGAUCCCGGACAUCAGCCACCACAUCUGACUCUACUCGGAGGGUUUCUGUGAGAGACAAGUUGCUUGUUAAAGAGGUUGCAGAACUUGAAGCUAAUUUACCUUGUACAUGUAAAGUACAUUUUCCUGAUCCAAACAAGCUUCAUUGCUUUCAGCUGACUGUAAGCCCAGAUGAGGGUUACUACCAGGGUGGAAAAUUUCAGUUUGAAACUGAAGUUCCCGAUGCCUACAACAUGGUGCCUCCCAAGGUGAAAUGCUUGACUAAAAUCUGGCACCCCAACAUCACAGAAACGGGGGAAAUAUGUCUAAGUUUAUUAAGAGAACAUUCAAUUGAUGGCACUGGCUGGGCUCCCACUAGAACAUUAAAGGAUGUUGUUUGGGGAUUAAACUCUUUAUUUACUGAUCUCUUGAAUUUUGAUGAUCCACUGAAUAUCGAAGCUGCAGAGCAUCAUUUGCGGGACAAGGAGGAUUUUCGGGACAAAGUGGAUGAAUACAUCAAACGCUAUGCCAGAUGAUAAGAGGAGAGACCGCAGGUCUGAGGACUUUGUCACAGUUGUCUCUGAUGUGAAACAGCUCGAGGUAGCCCUCCUCCCCAUCCUCAUGCCCCCGUCAGCCCCUUGGGAUUGUCCCAGUCCUGCGACCAUGCUGUCCUGAAGAAGGCCCUCCUGACUGCCCACUGUAGGUGGCGAACAACAUAGACAGCAAGAAAGUGUGUCUGGGCCUCCAGAGAGCUGUCUGCUUCCCUUAACAUGUUUACUGAAACUACUGUCUAGGCUGUCCGGUGGGAUUCCUCCGAAGUUGUAAUGAACUCACCACUGAGGAUAUAGCGCUUGCUUCCUUUCCCCCAACAAUCGGUGUCCUGCACAAGUGAUGUAAUGACAUGUUCCGUGUGACUGGCAGAUUGGCAAUAAGAAACCCGCUAUAAACUGUGAUUGGAUGCACAUUCUCUUAGCUUCUUCCACGAAUGUUGACCCUACCUAGAUGUGAAGCUUCCCAGAAUGCAUAGUCAUUCACUGUAGAUCUUACUGAAAUGCGUAUUUUAUUUAAUGUAAGUAUAUUUUGGAACAGAUUUGUAAUUUGUACAAUUUGAUGCUUUAAUUAUUUUUUCUAUUCUUAUUUACUUUGUAUUCAUUGUAUAGAGCAAACACAAAGAUACUGGGUCCAGAAACUGCUGAAGAGAAAUACAAAAGAGACCAUGCUAGCA